ACCAAACAAGACAGAACAAGAACCAAGACGAAAAACAAGACACAACAAACUCAAAACAUGACACUCCCUACAGAGAUAGUUUCCAACUUUGUUCGGCAUGCUCGUUCAACGAUGCCCGUUGUUCAUUAUAAUUUGGUAGAUUUUGCUGCAUGGCUUGAAGUUGAAGCUGAAUGUUAGGCUGUUGUAGCACAAACGAGUACCUUGCAUGUUGUACCUCAAAUGCAUAGGAAGGAAGUGAGCCAAAGACAAAAGAUGCCAUUUGCAAACAUUCUUCAUGGAGCUGAUGGAAAGGUUUCAGGUGUGUGUCCUGCUCAGGAAAAGGAAUCUCAACAGCAAAUAAGCUUUUCGUAUGUUUAUUGUAUAUCUACCACACACAAUCUCACAAACUGUCAUAAUUUCAAAAGUUUGAGUGCAGAUGAAGUUAAAAAAUGGUUAAAGGAGCAGAACAGAUGUUGGAAGUGUGGGAGAACCCAUAAAGCUGUAGAUUGUACUUUGAGAAAGCCAUGUCCUAAGUGUAAUGGCCAACAUCUAGGAAUAUUGCAUGACGCGAACCAGGCUCAAACAUCGAGAGUUCUGUAUAUGAAUCCACAGAGCCUAUCACCCAAAGUACUGCUAAAAGUAGUGAAAGUGAGAUUGAGUAAUAAGGAUCGAACCUUUGACACAUAUGCCAUUUUAGAUGAUGGAUCUGAGCGUACUAUGUUGUUGCCAGGUGCAGCUAAGUAUCUUGGGUUGAAGGGAGAACCAGAAAACCUUAAGUUAUGUACAGUGAGACAGAGCUGUAAACCUUAAGAUUUCAGCUGCUUCAAACCCAGAGAAAAGGUUCUCAAUAGAAGGUGCAUUUACAUCAGAUAAAAUAAUGCUAGUUGAACAGAGUUACCCGGUAGAUAAACUGAAGCAACGGUACUCAUACCUGCAUGAUGUUCCAGUGAACUCCUUUUCUAAGGUUCAACCCCAUAUUCUUAUCGGUUCAGAUAAUCCAUUUCUCAUAACCCCAACUGAACAGGUCAGGUAUGGUCCAAAGGGAUCUCCAGCAGCUGUAAAGACCAGACCAGGAUGGGCACUGCAAGGACCUACUUUUACAUACCCUGAUCCAGUUACACCAAACCUCCUGUUGAUGGGGCGGCGAGAUGCUUCUUUACCACAAGCUGUUUAUGCAGACACGGGCUUACUGGGACGGAGGAAGUGGAGACACAGCCAGGUCCGUUCCUCCACGGGUGCCGCUGGUUCCUCCUCGUCACAGGCUGUCUACGCCGUCCUCGGCUCCAUCACUCGCUCCAAGCUGUGCUCGCCGUCCUCGGCGCUCCUCCUCGUCACAGGCUAUCUACGCCGUCCUCGGCGCUUCUCUUCAUCCACGACUCUCAUCCCCUCUCUGAUUAAAACUUCUGACUCUGCCUCGUCUCCUGAGUUUCUUCCGGGUUCCAGCAUCUGGGUCUCCAUAGAGUUCGACCAUGACACAAUGUCUUCAGCCCAACAGGACCUUUUCCGCCACCUUGAUAGCAUCACGCAGACUCUCAUGAAACUAACCGGUCAAUCGGCUAAUCCUGUAGCCGCGGUUCAAGCUCCCGUUUCCGGCAACAAUGCCGCUUCCGUUUCCACCUACUCACCGGAAAAUGUCCGUCUCCAGCCGGAACCUUUCUACGGCGAUGUUGAAACCUUAAGGCGCUACAAUGGGCCCAAGCUUUUCUGGCUUCCCAUCCGAUCAAUCACCUCCCAUUCGACCAUUUCAUUGGAGAAUUCCGACUCGUCUUCGAUCAGCCCCAAAAGCAGGAAGAAGCAGUCCGGCGGUUACUGA